AUGGGCCAAGUGGUCCCGAAUCGCGUGGUCGGUCUCGCCAACUUGACGUUGGCGCCGUUCUCGCUGACCAAAGCGGUGCAGCGCCAGGCAGAUCUGGUGCUGCGCAAGUCCGCGACGCGAGGAAAUGUGCGGGAACUCCUGCCAGGACAGACGGUCGUCCUUGACACUGCGCGGACCUUCGAGACCCAGCAACAUGACUGUAUGCUGGACCCGAUGCUGUGUAUCCCGGCGGGCUCGUCACACUCCACCAAGGACGGCGUGACCAUGACGCACACACGGAAGCGGAGGUAUGUAGGCAAUGCCAACGUGAAGCGGCGGCAGGAAGUUGAGAUGCCCAACAACACGAUGCCACGGAGGUUCAACGACACGAACUACUUGCCAAGUCCUACGAAACCACCUGCCGACGUCGUCCUUGCACACGACAUUCAAAGCUCGGAGGUGGCUUCAACAUAUGUCAUAAACACCAACACACAAUCGCACCACCCGACGCCACCACCAUCGACAGGCACCUCCCACGCCAAGGAGCACCUUGUUAGCCACAUCACGUUGCAUCAGCGCUCUACCAAAACGUACAAACUCGAGGCAUGGUACAAGAGUCCGACGGGCAUCGGCACGGUCGCCAACACGAUCGCGGCGGCGUUGUCCGCCCACGACAAGAACCAAUCGGGGUUCAUCACGACUGAUGACCUCAUGGCCACGCUGCAGCAAAUGAACUUUGGGCUGAAAGAGCACGAAGUGCGGGAACUGCUUCUCCACCACGACCCCACGGCGUCGUCCUUGUCGUCGAAAGACGGUGUCGUGCACUAUCGCUCGUUCGCCAAGCAAUUUGACGUGCCACGAGACCCCGAAGACGACAAGAUUGAGGACCCGCUGACCCGCCAAGCCAAGUACAUUGCAGGGUUGCAGCAGCGGGUGGCUGCGGCGUCGCAAGUACCAGUGCCGACCGCGGUGGGGCGGAGGCGGCAGCACCACCGUAAGAACGACAUCAACACGACCAAGCUUGGCACGCUCGACCCACAUCAAAUUCCGACGACUACAACUCCCCCAGAAGAAUCAUCCGCCGAUCCCCCGCACUUGCCACGGCUUGCGACCGCCGCCCGACCACCCACCAAAGUGUUGGGGUCCCAUAGACGCCUUGUCGACAAAGCCACAGACGACGUGUUUUGCGUGGAGGACUUGGAGGCGGCUCUCCGCACGCAUCUGCCGUCCCCCACGCGAUACUCUGCGAAACUGGCGCCAGGCAUCGUACCCCAGACAGUGUCGACGCUCGUGCUGGGCGGGGACAUGCGCAACACCCCCAAGAGUCUCAAACGAGCCAAAUUGAUGCCGCAGAUCGUGGACCAAUACCACCGCGACGCCACUCGGCAGGCGAAGCGACACGUUAUCACGGAACACAUCGAUCGCAUCAAUGCGUACGCAGCCGAGACAGACUACAAAGCCAAGCUCAUGGCUGAAAACCACAUCAAAGCCACGUCCACAAAAAUGCUGCACUACCACCAAACCUUCUUUGCGAACCAAUCGCAACAAGCUUUAAAGAAUCACGAGAAAGGCCUGAUACACUCCGACGUGGCCAAACACAACCACAAUGCUAGCCUCGAGUCGAUGUUUUCUCCUGGUUAACUCACUGUCAAUGUCAUUAUUUGCCACUUCUG